CGUCAUCAUUCCGCGCAGAGCUGAGUUGGCGUUAGAGAGGAGGUUGUUUUCCGGCUGCUCACCUGAAGUCCUCGCGGCAGCUCUCAUCAUGACAAAACUUCUGGAGUGGCUGUUCGGUGUGUCGGUGGUGGGCGCAGUCUGGGCUUUGGUCUCUUUCGACCUGUUGGAUCUGAGCCUGCCGCAGACUUACAGAGAGGUUGCCUGGCCGAUGCCUCUGUACCUGCUGGUGUCAUUUGGCUGCUACUCGCUGGCUACGGUGGGAUACAGGGUGGCCACCUUCAAUGACUGUGAGGAGGCGGCUAAAGAAUUGCAGGAGCAGAUAAAAGAAGCCAGAGAGGACCUGCGGAAAAAGGGCUUAAAGAUGUAGAAUUUGGAGAGAGACUAUGUAGAAACUUUUGAGAGACUGGAAAAGAUGCACGGACUAACUUCACACACAGCCUAGUGUCUGCACUUGUGAUGCCGGAGUCACUAAAUUGUUCUUGUUUAGGAUGUUUGAAAUGUGUGAACUGGCGCCCUCUUUUUUUUUUUUUGUUUCCAGCUGACAUGAUCCCAACAUCAGUGAUAAUGCAGCAGUGUUUUCACAUGGUCUUACACAGUGUCAUUGCUUUCAGAUCAGAUAUGUGCUCCAGGAAAUUAGGAAUGAACCAUCUGAUGGGUGAUUUCUGCUUUUCUCAUAAGUGUGAAAAUGUUUACCAUGCUCUGAACUUAAAGACCUCUUUAAUGAAGUAACUGCAUAAUAUUCAGCCACACCAGUUUCUGUUGGAAUUAGUUUGUUGCAGGUGGUUUUACUGACCAGCACGCCUUCAUCCAGCUAGAAGAAGCUGCUGUCUUUGGUUGCGAACUACACACAGUUAAACCACCCUCUGAGAAUCACUGUUCUGCUUAAUUAUCAUCUGUAACAAGUUGCCAAUUCACUGAAAUGCCAACAAACUGAAAGGUCACACUGGUACAAUCCCACUGAAGACUGUUACCACAUGCUUUCAAUUCUGUGUGAGCUCCGAAAUAGUACUACACAGUGUGGACCUUGUGUGUGUCUGAAGAUUGUUGCUUGUCUGUAUAGAUGGACUAGAUUUUAUCUGUAAAGAAGUGUACAUUCCAUUGUCCAAGUUCAGAUUUGUGCCCCUGUGGCUAUUGCUGGAACUUAAUUAAAUUGGAGUCUAUUUUUCUUGAG